AUGAGUGAACCCGGCGAAUUGAACUUCAUCAUCUCAAUGGGUUUCUCUUUCAAAUCUCAGAUCUGUAUUAACUUCUUUCGAUUUCACCCAGAAGCCUCAAAUUUGGGUUUUUAUAAAAAUCAAAGCUUUCUACAAUCUGCAAGAUACCCAGAACACGAAUUUGGUGAUUCUGCAAUUUAUGAUUUUGGAAUUCAUGUUUUCUGCCCCAUAUUGGGUAUAGUAUUCUUGACUGUUGUAUACUGGGGCAUGGUUUGCGGAAAGGAUGUCAGGGUUAUUGAUUUUGAGGAAUGCAAUGGCUAUAGGGGAUAUCUAGAGAAGAACACAAACUGGUGGAUUGAAGGUCUGCCACAAAUGGUUUCGGGUGUUUGUUCAGAUGACGGAAAUGCUCAACUUGAAGCUACUACUCAUUUUCGCAAGCUGCUUUCAAUAGUGAAUAAGGAAGUAAGUCUUUUUGUUGAAGGGUCAGAAUCUAUGUUAAUGAUGAAGGAAGUUAAAAAUGAAGACGAAGCUUAUGAUUUGUAUAAUGAAUAUGCUUUUAGUAAAGGUUUUGGUAUUAGGGUUGGGAAAGGUCGGAAGCGUCAAAACAGUGAAUUUUAUACUAUGAAACGGUUCUUGUGUAGCUGCGAAGGGGUUAAAGAUGAAAAAAGGAAGAGAACAAGGUCUUAUGCUAGAUUGGAUACGCGUACUGGGUGUACUGCUUUUGUUCAGUUUUCUAUUGGUAAAGAUGGUGUAUGGACGGUUGUGAAUCAUAAUAUGAUUCAUAAUCAUGCUAUGGUUCCUCUAAAUAAGAGGCAUUUGAUAAGAUCACAAAGGAAGGUUAGUAAGGAGGCUCUUUACUUUAUGUCUACUUUAAAAGCUAGUGGUGUUAAAGUGUCUGAUACCUUGAGGGUUUUGAGGAAAGAAGUAGGCGGAUCACCUAUGGUCGGUUUUACAGCUAGUGAUGCUUAUAAUGCUUUAUCACGUGCAAAAGCUAAUAAACUUGAAGGUCAUGACUGUCAUCAGUUAAUCAAGUAUUUUGCUCAGAGAAAUUCCAGUGAAGAAGGUUUUUAUUAUGACUUUGAGCUUAGUGAAGAAGAGGGACUUUUAAGUUUCUUUUGGCGUGAUGGUCGGAUGAAGAGAGAUUAUGAUUAUUUUGGGGAUUUAUUGGUUUUUGAUACUACUUAUAGGACCAAUAAAUAUGAUAUGAUUUGUGCUCCUUUUGUUGGUAUGAACCAUCAUUCUAAUAAUGUUAUGUUUGGAAUGGGUUUUGUUAUCAAUGAAAAAACCGAAUCUUUUAAUUGGCUUUUUCAAACUUUCCUUACAUCCAUGGGUGGAAAUCCCCCAAUAACCAUUAUGACAGACCAAGCUCCAUCCAUUGCUGCUGGGAUAAGAAAUGUUUUUCCAGAUGCUAGACAUAGAUUAUGUACGUGGCAUAUUGGGGAGAAUUCAAAGAAGCAUAUUGGGCAGUAUAGAGCUUUAGAUGGUUUUUCUGACAUAUUCAAUUAUCUUCUGAAGUAUUGUGAAACUGCUGCUGAGUUUGAAUAUCAUUGGCCAAGAAUGUUGACUCACUAUAAAUGCGUUGAAAAUCCAUGGUUGAAGAAUUUAUAUACAAUUAGAGAGAUGUGGUGUCCUGCUUAUUCUAAGAAUUAUUGGUCUGGUGGUGUGUUAUCAUCACAGCGAUGUGAAACUACCAACAAGUCAGUUUCCCAUCGACUUGAUAAGACACAAGGGUUAUGUGAUUUUUAUCAUGUUUUUUUGGAUGUUAUUUCUGAUUGGAGGAGCAAAGAGAAUGGUCAUGACUACAGAAAUUGGAAAGGUAGACCAGAAGUUGCAGCUGCAAAUUGCGGAAUUCUUCUUCAUGCGUGA